AGAUGGGACUCCUCUACUCUAGUCUCCAUGACAGGGAAUAUCAAGUGGAAUUCUAAUAAAAAUUGUAACUUGAAUUUAUACGGAUAUUAAAAAUACUUACUGGUUGCAAUAAUGCCUAGAGAAUGCUAUAGUAUUGUGGAGUACUUUGCUGAACGUGAGAAACACAAGUGCGGUUACUGCAAGGCUGUUAAUACUAAUCUUAAUUAUGGAAUGUGGGCACACUAUUUGACAGUUCAAAAUUAUCAAGACUUAAUUGAUCGUGGAUGGCGACGCAGUGGAAGCUAUCUUUACAAGCCAGUGAUGGAUCAAAUUUGUUGUCCUAUGUAUACUAUUAGAUGUGAUGCACCAAAUUUUAAUAUUUCUAAAUCACAGAAGAAGAUUCUGAAGCGUAUGGCAAAAUUUUUGCAUAACGAACUCAAGAAUGAGUCAAUGGAUACUAGUGAUAUCGUUAAACUGGAUGGUCGAUUAGACACCAGUGGCAUUGAAAUUUCGAACUAUAUAAAACCAGCAAAUCAAGUCCAGAAAAAUAUAGAAAAGUUCAGCAUAACUACAGCAGAAUCUGAAUUGGAGAGACGUCUCUCACCUCAGCCAAUGUGUUCAAAACUAAAAAAAAGUACUGAAGUCACUUCCAGUGAAGGAUCCUUGACUAUAUCUAAUAUUACUCCAGAAUCUGGAAAACAUCCAGUUAAAAAGGCUAAACAGUUGCGUUUUGAACGGAAAUUGAAGAAACUAGCAGCACAGGGAAAGUCUGUUAAAGAGAUAGAAGAUAUCACAAAACAGACUUUACAGGCUCGAGUUAAUAUUAAAUCUCUGGAAGAAUUGUUUGAUGAAGUUCAUGUUGGGUCAAAUCGAUUGGAGAUGAAGCUAGUGCGCGUCAUGUCCGAGGAAUUCCUGAAUACUUUAGAUGUUACCGUUAAUUUGUACAAAGAAUAUCAGAUGGCUAUACACGGCGAUCCACCUGAGAAAUGUGAUAAAAAAACAUUUUUCAACUUUCUUGUCAAGAGUCCAUUACAGCAUUGGAACCCAAAAGAUGGACCACCUAAAGGUUAUGGUUCGUUUCAUGAACAAUACUGGCUGGAUAAUAGACUUAUUGCUGUUGGUGUAAUUGAUAUAUUGCCAUUAUGUAUAUCAAGUGUUUAUUUUUUCUAUGACCCGAAACUUCAUUCGCUCUCUCUGGGUACAUUUAGUUCUCUGAGAGAAGUCUACUUGACUAGACAACUUAACAAAAUAUCAUCGAAUCUCAAAUUCUAUUACAUGGGGUUCUAUAUUCACACAUGUCCAAAAAUGAGAUAUAAAGCCAAAAUCAGACCUUCAAAGCUUCUGUGCCCAGAAACUUAUGUGUGGUGCGACAUUGAAAAAUGCUUACCUAAAUUAGAUAAGCAGAAGUAUUGCAGAUUAAAUGAAGAUAUCGACGGUAUUGAUGAAACUGGCAUUGUAAACAUUCAAAAGGUUUCAGUUCUUUAUCGUGAAACCAUUAUGCUAUAUCCCUCGUAUAGCCAGAGGUCAAAAGUUAAGGAUGAAGAUGAAGUACGUGAAUAUGCUGCAUUAGUUGGAAUGAAGUGUGCACAAAGUUUGCUACUAUAUCGUUCUUAAAAUCGAAAAUCAUGAAAUAUUGAAUGUCAAUCAAAAACUAAAUCAACCAGUAAAAACGUAUAUCCAAUCGGGAGCAAUAAGACUCGUCAUGCUUGAACAGUUUAAUUUAAAAAAACUCCAAAUGUUCGCUCUGAAUAACAUCCUACUUUUUCUAUGUCCAGUAAAACUGUUUCUAUGGAUUUUAUACAAAUUUUUAAAACAUAGCGACCAUUUUCAAAUCGAAACAGUCUUGUUGAUGAGUCGUCAACUCACGAAAUGCACCACAGUCCAAGUUGAAUUAAAUCAUAUUAGAAUU